UGUUUCUCUUGGACGAUCUCUCUGGACUCUGGACCUGGACCACAAAAGAGCGGUCGGAUCGGGAUGCUGCAUAAACGCGGCAACUGUGGCAGUAAUUGACAGCUGCCGAAAAGCGGCGGCGGUCGGGCGUGAGUGCGCGGUCGCGAGAGGCGCGCGAUUGGGGUGAAAAAUCGGCGCGAAUAUCGUACGUGAUAUCAACGCAAAAGUUUCGAAUCGCCGGGAGUGAUAGCUGCGGAGACAAUCAUCGACCGUCCUCAUCGAAUCGGAUCUGAUUCUCUCGGCGUCUUUCAACGAUUUGCCCUGCUGGACACGAGAGAGAAAGAGAUACCUUUUUAAAGGCCCGGGCAUGUUUACAAUUCCACGCGCAUUUCUCGAGAGAGGAGAAGAUACUACAAUAGGAAAAGGGAUACUUUUUCGAUUUGUUUAAAAUCUGAUCAUCAUAAGAGGAGAAAAAUUAUAAUAGACAGUGAGCUCUAAGAAGAACACACAAUCUUGUUUUUGAUGGUAGUAAAAACGGUGCAAGUGAGACGAAAAUCUGCUGAAGAACGUGAACCCUCGUUCAUAAGAACUUUGGUUUCUGUUCAGUCUCCCAGAUAUGUGCCCGACGGCGCGAGGACAUGCCCCUUUCUGUCAACGCGUUGAACGACUUUUGAUUUUCCGGCGGUGCUAGCUCCCGGGAAUACCAUGAAUGUGGAACGGUCGACGAUGGACGGCGGGCAACAGCCGCUCUUUCUAAGCGGCACUUCCGGCUGGGCCGGAAGUAUCUCCGGUCCUCAACAGUCAACCGUACAAACCGCCGGCGCUCCGUCGGAGCAUUAUGGGGGACCACUCAGUCUGAGUAUCUGCAUAUCCGAUUCGGGUCAUGAGAUACUUCGUCCGAAGCCACGACGGCCAGGUGGUAGCAAUAGCCGUGAGAUAUUUUGUCCUCCUUACUCUAAAGAUUUCACUGAGAAUUCACCCAAAAACGGAGUCCACGACAUAGUCCACAUGAUACCAGAAAGGGAUACGGAUAACGUGGCAUUAACACCGACCCCGCAACAACACCCACGUUAUUCCCAACAUCAUCAUCUCAGUUUACACGAGCUCCGUGCACUUCAGAGGCGGCCAGAAUGUACCGGUAACAGCUCUUCCGAUGAAAAUCGAUCUUCCGGACACGCGAGCAUGUCGGACACCGGUGGUCACACAAGCAGCAGCUCACCGCCACAUCGUCACCACAAGACUCACAGUCCUCAGCAACUAAACGCCGUACCCGAGGACGAUCGACUCUCGGCGUCGGUUACUCAAAGGAACGGCAAAAGAUCCGGCCAAAAUCGCAAUCGACAUAGAGCUACUCCUGCUAAGUUGCAGGUACCAUGGUCGGGUUCCGGUUUGGAGGAUAUAAAGCUGGCGAUUCAACAACUGACGAUGCGUUCACACAAAUCUUCGUCGACGUAUUCAUCGUUAAGCGGCUCGGAAAGCUCAGAACCGGCGGUGAGGAGGCUGAUGCGACACUCCAGUUUGGAGACAAUCAACACCAAUGUGACCAGCGCCGACGAGUUCGUCUGGGUGGACUCUCACAAUCGUUUGGUGGAAUUGCAGCAAUUACCGUGGACCCACCACGACGUGCUGCGCGUGCUUCAAAAUGGUCGCACGAGAGAGCACAUGGAGCAGGUUUCGAUGGAGACGAUCCCGCGACUCUCCUAUCUACUGCAACGCGCCCUAGUCAGGAUCGGUCGUGAGACUCAGAGACUGGCAAAACCCAUAGGUCUCUGCAGCAAACAGGAGGUGUACAGCGCCUUCAAGAUCGUGCUCUGUCCGGCUCUAGCGGAUUCCUGCACCAAGGCUUGUCUUCGAGCCGCUGCGAUGUUCGCUGUAUCUGGCGAUCAGCUGAAACAAUCGAAAGCCUCCCGUUCGGGGUUGCAAUUGCCUGUCGGACGUUUUUUACGCUGGAUGUCUGAUGUGAAACUCGGUCGAAUGGUCCACGAAUAUGCCGCGAUAUAUCUCACGGCCGGAAUUGAGAAUCUUCUAGAGGAGAUACUGUUGCAAUGCGUGCCGACUGAGCCGCAUACGACACUCACGGCGACGAUGCUGGAACACGCUAUAGCCAACAGCGGCGACUUAUGGGGCUUGUUGCAGCCGUAUGCGCAUCUGAACGCUGGUCGAACAGCAUCAGGCGCUCUCGCGAUGCCUCGUUGGGCAAGCGUAAGUUCCUUGAACUCGUCAUCGUCAUCGCGUAGCGGGCGAGACGUGGUCCAAUCGGCUUUGGAACCAUCGCUGCUUACGACAUGUGUGGGCUCGAUGUCGGAAUUAGUCGAUUUGAUUUCCAAGGUAGCACAAGCGGGACAUUGCCCUAUACCGCUAACAAUGAAAGCGUUACAUGCCUUGUUUUAUUACAUGAGAUGCUCACAGCUCGAACACGGUGAACGUGGAUCUGGAAUACAAGAAUUGGCAUACGAACGAGCCUAUGUGGUAUUGCCACCGUUAGUGGAAUGGCUGCGGGUAGCUGCAGCGCACGCAGAGCAUAGACAUGGUCUUGUUGUGGACCAAGAUGACAUCAAUCAAGCUGCCCGGUUACUAUUGCCCGGCGUGGAUUGUCCCGUUCGACCGAUAAGUUCUGAGGAGAUCGCAGUAUGCUCGAAGCGCAUCGACGACACGGAGUACGUCCGGCUGCUGACGUUAGACAUGGCCUUUAAAAUGUUGAUUAGCGGUCGAACGGAUCUCAUAACCCAGGCGAUGCCGCUGUUGCCUUCAACGAAGAUUAAUACAGUAAACGACGCCGGAUUCACGGCUCUGAUGCUAGCGUGUAUCAACGGUGACGAAACAGCUGCGACGGUCCUACUGGACGCCGGGGCAGAUUUAAAUAUUGAGAGCCCGUCACCGACAACGAAUUCGUCAGUGAACACGCCUUCCAAGAUGCCACAAACUUCUUCCACCGGUGCACUAAAUGCUAGAAGUCCCAUCAAUCAGUCAAUGAUGAUGACGCCAACUGGAAAAACAAUGUCGAACACGAAUAUAACGACCGCUAAUAGUUCGGGUAAUUCCAACGGGAUUGUCCCGGGCAAUGUAUGCUACGCGCAAACCGCCUUCAAUGCGGAAACGCAACAUUGGACAGCUCUAACUUAUGUGGCUCUGUUGGGACAUUGUAACAUCGCAAGGAUAUUGUUGGAGAGAGGUGCCGCAGUAGAAGGUGGCGCGAAACUCAGCGAGGACAAAUGCACGGUCACACCUCUGCAGGCAGCCACGGCAUCAGGCAACAAUGAGAUGGUGGCCUUACUUUUGGCGCAUGGUGCGCAACCAUUCUUGUCCACCUUGAUCAAAGAUUCGUUUUCCUACUCGGGUUCCGCGCAACGUGGUUGUUACAGCGCAAUAUCGGUGGCAACGGCGCAUGGCCAAAGAAGCUGUCUUCAUCAAUUGUUAUCACAUCCAUUAAACUUCUCAGCCAAACGUGGAGAGAAGGAGAUAUUAUCUUUGGAAGAGAUAUUAGCAGAAGGUAAUGCCGGCACUAAUUCUCAACAACAGAUUGCUGAAGGGAGGGGAGCUCGUAGAGAAGGCAAAGAACCAGUAUUUAAUAAGAUACAAACGAAGGCACUGCAAGAAGCGAUGUAUCAUAGCGCGGAAAGCAAUCAUUUAGAUAUCACCAUGGAGCUUCGUGGGCUAAAUGUAGGCUGGACAUUGCAUUGUUGGAUGCACAGUCUCGCGACGGCUCACGAAAUGCGACUGGACUCGGUUAUAGAUCAACUACUUCAAGACUUUCUUCAAGUCUGCCCGGACGAUUAUUCUACGCAAUUCGUUCAGGAGUGUCUGCCACUUUUAUUUAAUAUUUUUAGAUAUAGCAAGAAAGAAGGCACGACGCUCUUGCUCGCUGAUAUAUUUUGCACAUGCUUCGGCUGGGAACCGAUCAAGCCAAUUAGAGAUACCACUCUGUCGAGCGGAUCGAGAAUCGAUCCAAAGUUUGUGAAUAAUCCCGAGUUAAGUGACGUACAAUUUAGAGUCGAAGGCCGCGUUUUCUAUGGUCAUAAGAUUGUAUUAGUUACAUCUUCUCCGAGGUUCAGAAAUAUGUUAAGCUCAAAAUUAUGCGAAGGCAAUCCUCCCAUUGUGCAGAUUAACGACAUAAGAUAUCACAUAUUCCAGAUGGUCAUGGAAUUUCUUUAUCACGGCGGUUGCGCCACUUUAGAAGUUAAUCAAAGUGAUGUCCUAGAAUUAAUGGCGGCGGCCAAUUUCUUUCAACUCGAUGGCUUGCUCAGAUACUGUGAAGCACAGUGUUCCACAAUGGUGGAUCUUGACAAUAUCGUUUCUAUGUAUAUUCACGCAAAGGUAUAUAACGCCGCACAGCUCUUGGAAUACUGUCAAGGAUUUCUAUUACAAAAUAUGAUGGCCCUUCUGACGUACGAUGAUUCAGUUAAGCGUUUGUUGUUCGCAAAAAAGUUACCGAAUCACGAUGUUCUCGCGGGCUUAUUGCUCACACUGCAGUCGCGAAUAAAGGUCAGGCGAUCUCAACAACAAAAUAAGAUAAAAGCUUAGAUGAUUGUUCCUGCAGUUAGAAAUAAGUAAGUAUAUAAUUGAAAAUAAGCAUAAAAUGAGUGCGCACAAUUUAAAUCUCAUUUUCAAGUUGCAAGAGCUGAUAUGUCAAAGUAAAAAAAAGAAAAGAAAAACUAUAUGGCUUGUUUUAAAAAAACAGAUAUAAUUUUAAGUAUUCUGAGAUAAAAAUAAAUAUU